GGUCACACACCGUUACCGUGGAAACAAGCAGGCAGCGUCUCGACAGUGUUGAGCGAAUGGGAAAGGAAGAUGGAGGAGAUCCACAGAGACAGCGAUACUGCAGGAAAUGAGGCUGGAGGUGAGGAUGCUUUGGUGGGCAAUGUGAGCAAGCUGGCGGUGUCCCCUCCAGGAUAUACAGGAGCCCCUCGGAAAGGACAUCUCAUCUUUGACGCCUGCUUCGAGAGUGGUAACCUGGGAAGAGUGGAUUACAUCAAUGAGUUUGAGUUUGACCUCUUCAUCAGGCCAGACACGUGUAACCCCCGCUUCAGAGUCUGGUUCAACUUCAGUGUGGAGAACGUGCGAGAGACUCAAAGGGUGAUCUUCAACAUUGUGAACUUCAGCAAAACCAAGAGCCUGUAUAGAGAUGGGAUGUCACCCGUGGUGAAGUCAACAAGUCGGCCAAAAUGGCAGAGACUUCCAGCCAAGAACGUGUACUACUACCGCUGUCCGGACCACCGGCGGAACUACGUCAUGUCCUUCGCCUUCUGCUUCGACCGCGAGGACGACGUCUACCAGUUUGCCUACUGCUACCCCUACACCUACUCACGCCUGCAGCACUACCUGGACAGCCUGGACCGCAGGAACCUGGACUACCUGAAGAGGGAGCAGCUGGGCCUCAGCGUGCAGCAGCGCCGUCUGGAUCUCUUGACCAUCACCAACCCCAUUCUCCUCAGCCCAGAGAGGGAGAAGAAAGUGGUGUUCCUCACGGCCCGAGUUCACCCUGGAGAAUCCCCCGCUUCAUUCAUCUGCCAGGGAUUUAUUGACUUCUUGGUCAGCGAACAUCCUGUGGCCCAAAUCUUGCGUGAUCAUGUGGUCUUUAAAGUCGUUCCCAUGCUCAACCCGGACGGAGUCUAUUUGGGCAACUACAGGUGUUCCCUCAUGGGCUUUGACUUGAACCGCCAUUGGCAGGAGCCGUCCCCCUGGGCCCACCCCACCCUCCAUGCCGUGAAGCAGCUCAUCGUCCAGAUGAACCAGGACCCGAAAGUGAGCCUGGAGUUCUACAUCGACGUGCACGCUCACUCCACCAUGAUGAACGGCUUCAUGUACGGGAACGUGUUUGAGGAGGAGGAGCGGGUCCACCGGCAGGCCGUGUUCCCUCGCCUGCUCUGCCACAACGCGCCUGACUUCUCCUUCUCCAGCACGUCCUUCAACAAGGAUGUGGUGAAGGCCGGAACGGGCAGGCGGUUCCUGGGGGGCUUGCUGGACGACACCUCCUACUGCUACACCCUAGAGGUCUCGUUCUACAGCUACAUGACGGCAGGAAGCGCCACACCAAUGCCCUACACAGAGGAGACCUACAUGAAACUGGGCAGAAAUGUCGCCCGUACCUUUCUGGAGUACUACAGGCUGAACAACCUGCUGGACGACAACAAACCAGGAAGUCACAUCAACAGCCUGAAUGUAUUGCCAAGUGGUCGCCAUGGGAACAAUAAUAGCAAUGGAAGGAACCAAGACGGAGAAAGGAAGAUACACGGAGUGAAGGGAGACUGUUAAACUCAAGGCUUUAGUAUGUAGUUCCACGAACCAGCCAAUCAGUGCAGAAUAAAUGUGCUUCUUUUAUAGAUGGCUUGCACAAAGAAAAUGGACAAUUGGCCAUCUUCAAGGCAAUAAGGCAUACAGACAAAAUGACUUAUACUCCACAUAAUAGCCUAGUUAUGGAACUCUGAAAAGAAAUGCAGAACUCAUGAUUUAUAGUGCAUGUAAUUUCUUGCUUGCACUACCAACUGCUAACAGGAUCAUUGUACAAGAGACAGGGGGACAGAUAUGCCCAAAUAUUAAGUUUUUAAUUUUUUAUUUUUGGUUGCUGUGGUGGCCUUUACAUCUAAGCAGUGAUGAAGAACACAGUGUGCUUUAACUAAGCGUCUUGCCUUUAAUCUGCUUCAAAUGUAUCUGACUUGUAUGCACUUAUUUUUACCUGUUAAAUGCAUGACUAUUGUUGUUAUUCCUUUGUAUUUAUAUUUUUUGUGUGUUCUGUUACAGUAUUUCAUGUUUAAAUUAGAAACAUUUCAUGCACUGGAAGAUUAUUUUUGGACGGUUAGGUUGCUUGAGACUUCAUUUUGUUUGCUGCAGAAAAUAAACACCUUUUUGAAACAUGAAA